GUGACAUGAAGUCUUCAGCCAGAGAGACUUUUUCAGGCACUGAAGUUCAGUGGCAAGACAAAAGUCAGGAUAGAGCAGAUGACCUUGGAAUUUUUGGUAUCUGACUAAGCUCUGGGUCCUCUAUGGUGCCUGCUUUAGCCAUCAUUGAACAUUGGAACAAGUUGUUUUUAUCUUACCAUUCCACCAAGGGAAGGCUUCUCAUCCCCCUCAGUUAUUGAUGGGUUCAAGGACCAUCAGUUAUCUUCAGCCUGCUUUAGCCUGUCUGCUGAGAGAGUUUUACUGGGUUUGGUCUCUGGGCAUGCUCCAGCUUAGAGAAGCCACACGCAAAGACCCACCUCCCUUGUGAUGAAAUAAUGAAGGAGGAAUGGAGGUCUCCAAGUCCACUUCCUCAUAACUAUUCACCAAUCAGAGAAGUCUUGGGAUAUGCCAGAUAAACAUGAGAAAAAUGAAAAGGACAAAAAGUUAGUGAUCUGUAUCGAAGGCAAUAUUGCAAGUGGGAAGACAACUUGCCUGGACUACUUUUCUAAAACAGCUGACAUUGAGGUUUUGACAGAGCCGGUAUCGAAAUGGAGAAAUGUCCGUGGCCACAAUCCUCUGGGCCUGAUGUAUCAGGAUGCCUCAAAAUGGGGAUUAACUUUUCAGACUUAUGUGCAACUUACCAUGCUGGACCAACAUACGAAGCCUCGGAUUUCACCAGUGCGGAUGAUGGAGAGGUCAAUUCACAGUGCAAAAUAUAUUUUUGUAGAAAAUCUGUUUAAAAGUGGCAAGAUGCCUGAAGUGGAUUAUGUGGUCUUAUCUGAGUGGUUUGACUGGAUUGUGAAGAACAUUGAUGUUUCAGUUGAUUUAAUAGUUUAUCUCCAGACCUCUCCUGCGGCUUGUUACGAGAGAUUGAAGCUGAGAUGCAGAGAAGAAGAAAAAAUCAUUCCAUUGGAAUAUUUGGAAGCCAUCCACCAGCUGUAUGAGGAGUGGCUCAUUAAGCAAACCCUCUUCAGAGUGCCCUCUCCUGUUCUUGUGGUUGAGGCAGACCAGGACAUGCAGACAAUGUUGGAAUUCUAUGAGCAAAACCGGGACCAAAUAUUAACUGGAGGGGAGUUGAAGCAUCAUUUAUAGAACUGAGAGAAUCUGUGCGAUUGUAGUAGGGCCUGCCAGGGUGUGUCAGUGUAGCCAUGAGAAAUAACGUUUUGAGGUCCACUGAAGCAAAUUUUCUAUCGCAUCUAGUUGAAAUUAAGUGUGUGUAUGUGUAUCUCUACACCCAUGCAAAGAAUGCACUGUAGCAUACAGGAGGUGGUGAAGGGUGUACUCAUGUGUACCUGUAUAUAUUUCUAUUUUGACAUACGCAGUACCCAUGUUCACAUUUUGUAUAUAUGUAUGUCUUUGGUAAUUUAUCAUAGUGGUCCUCUGUCACCUGAGCGUCUAGUGAGUGACGUCACCCACCUGCUUUUUAGCCAAAAAAAAAAAAAAUUAGCUAGCAUCUCCCAAGAAGUAGGCCAUCUAAAGGACUACUGACAGGAGCUCUGCUAGCAGAUUUGGACCAGUUAAUCAUAAGUGAAGUUGAAUAUCAUUCAUCGUGUAAUUAAGCUCAUGCAGUCCCCACAAGUUUUUAUGGUCACAAUGCCGCUCCUGAAGACUUGGACUGCUUCUUUUCUACUGUGUGUUCUACAAUUGUAGGAAGUUUAAUAGUUGACUUUCAACCUUUGGCACUUUUACUAUCCCAAAUCCCAGGGAUUUAAUCCUCACUUUGCUUUUUGAUGACCUAGGAAUUAGCUAGGCUGGUGGAGUGAAAUUCCCCUGACAAUUCAUUCCUUGUUGGUCCAGCCUUUUGUUGUGAGCUUGGGAAUGGGGGCUUGUAUUUAUAGAGAGAAAGUCAGGGAAUGAAUGGAGAGCCAAAUGUCAUUAUUGUUCGGUAAUUUAUUUGCCAACUCAUCUAGGGAAAUAAAUAGUUAUUGGCCUUUUCUUUUUUUUCUAAACAA